GGGGAUGUGAGUGGCUGCAUAGCGGGUCUGCAGAACAAUUUAAUGUUCACAUUUCUGAAGAUUAUGUCAGAAGAUUCAGACAAGGAUAAGCAGUUGAUAAAUCGCAUAAUAAGUGAUGAAUACAAUUCGGAUGAAGAUCCCUUUAACCCAUUUGUGGCAGAAGAACUUGAGCAGUGUGCAUUUUUCACAGAUUCCAUUUGUGAUCAGCUUUUCCCAUGGACAAAACAGAUUGUCUUGGCAUAUAACUCUGGGAGAUGGGUACCCCGGCUUCGUGAGCCUCGCAAUCUUUAUAGCAUAUCUCCUGCACGUCACCUGAGCUUAAUACGUUGGCCACACCAAUGUGAGGUCAUCAGGGAUAGAAUUGAGCACAUUGACUGGAUUCCCCGUGAGCCUGAGCCACUGUACCAUCCAACGGGCCUGGAGCUCGAGCCACAGUUCCAAUAUCCCAGAGAGGACACGGUGGUUUAUUUAGCAGAUGAAGCUAACGAGGAAUCCUGUUUUGUGUAUUCUCGAGUAGGGGGUAGCUACCCCUCGAAGCAGGUCAUCGCUCAAGACUGGGACAACACUUUGAUCUUUGAAGCACGUUUUGAGAGUGGGAAUCUGCAAAAGGUGGUCAAGAUUAGUGAAUUCGAAUACCAGCUGACACUGCGCACUGACCUCUACACAACUAGACACACUCAGUGGUACUACUUCCAAGUAACCAACACUCAGGCAGGAAUACCUUAUCGUUUUACCAUUGUCAAUUUCACCAAGCCCACCAGCCUGUACAACCAUGGUAUGCGUCCACUGUUGUACUCAGAAGUGGAUGCGAAGAUACACCGAGUUGGCUGGCAAAGGACAGGAGAUGAAAUCAAGUAUUACAAAAACAAGCUUGGCCAAGAUGGGCAUCAGUAUUUCUCACUCACUUGGACAUUCCAGUUCCCACAUGAUCGAGACACCUGCUAUUUUGCCCAUUGCUAUCCUUACACCUAUUCCAACCUGCAGGACUACCUGGCAGCCAUCUCUAGAGAUCCAGUGAGGUCCAAGUUUUGUAAGAUCCGCAUCUUAUGCCAUUCACUAGCAAGAAAUAUAGUGUAUGUUUUAACCAUCACCAGUCCCUCAGAAAGUGGCAAGGAGGCAAAGCGUAAGGCAGCUGUGAUUUUGACUGCGAGGGUACACCCAGGCGAAACAAACAGCUCCUGGAUAAUGAAAGGCUUUCUGGAUUACAUUCUGGGCAACUCAGGCGAUGCUCGGUUGCUCCGUGACAUUUUUGUCUUCAAAGUAGUACCAAUGUUGAACCCAGAUGGUGUGAUUGUGGGAAAUUAUCGCUGCUCCUUAGCAGGUCAGGACUUAAAUCGUAAUUACACAUCAGACCUGAAGGAAUCUUUUCCUUCUGUUUGGUACACCCGGAACAUGAUCAGAAGAGUGAUGGAGGAGCGUGACAUUCUCCUGUAUUGUGAUCUUCAUGGUCAUAGCAGAAAAGAGAAUGUCUUCAUGUAUGGCUGUGAGGUUGGGGAGCAAGUGGAAGUGUCAUGCUUGCACCAACGCAUCUUUCCUCUCAUGAUGAGCAAGAACUGCCCAGAUAAGUUUUCAUUCCCAGACUGCAAUUUCAAAGUACAGAAAAGCAAAGAAGGGACAGGUCGAGUAGUGAUGUGGAAGAUGGGCAUCCGCAACAGCUAUACUUUGGAAGCCACUUUUUGUGGCUCUAAACUAGGUAAUAGAGGGGGCACUCACUUCCACACUGAAGACUUAAAGUCAAUAGGAUACCAUUUCUGUGAUGCCCUCUUGGAUUACUGUGAUCCAGACAAGAGUAAGUAUUAUCUGUGUCUGAAAGAAUUAGAGGAAAUGGUGAAACAGGAAGUUAAGACAAACUCAGAGAAUCUUAAUUGUGACUCAGAUGCUUCUGUAACAGAUGCCAUGUUAGACAAAGAUUCCAGUACCCAUGUUUCUGACAGCUUAGACUCCAACGAUACAACUGCACUCUGGCUAAAACCAGAUACUCAGGUAAAAUCCAAGAAGAAGUGCAUGAAAACAAAGAAAAAGAGGAAUUCCUAUCUAGUAACACUGGAAAAGAACCAUACAAAAUAUACACAAGAGCAAGUGAGAAAAGCCAAACCAUCGGAAGAGAAUUUUCACAGCAUCACUAAGAACAGAGGAAAUGGAAGCAAAAAUGUUUCAGUCUGUCUCCCCUUUAGUUCCAGAAGCAAUGAUGUCACCAAAGUCCAGACUAGCAGCGUGGCAUUACAUAAAAUACUUAAGGAAAUUGAUUCCAUGGUGAAAGAAGCUAUACCAGCUGUGGAAGCAAAUUACACAGAACAGUAUCUCAGUCCUUAUUUUCCUGAACAGGGAUCAGACUUGGACUGGACCAAUGUGUCCCAACCUCUAAAACAUUUCAUAUCCCAGAGACUUUUUCUCCCUCCUGCCAUCCUCAAACAAAUGUGCUAUAUAGGUGCAACAGCAGGGAAUGGGGCAAUCUCUGGGUGUCAGCUUCCAAAGGUGUAGAGUAGGCCGAAAGUGAAAGGAAAAAAAAGGCCAGUGAAGAGGUUAAAGCUGCCUGUUACAGCCUCCAUCAAGCAAGUGGGAAAAUGCUUCAGCUCUGAGAGACUGACUCAGGAUGCCCAAGACAACAUUCUUGAAAAGAAUUGUUUGCCACUGGGAUUAGGAGAAAGCACGUCCCAAGAUGCAACCCUACCUAAGAGAGCAAACCUCUCUUCACCGUUCUUCAAGAUGACAUCCCGAAGUGUAGAGAAGCACCAAGGCAGAAGGGUCACCAGCUGCACAGAAAAGACAGUUACCUAUCUGGAUCACAGUGCAAAGAGCAGUUCAAACAGGGAAGAAAGAAAAGUGAAGAAGAGGCCACCACUGCAAAGUGCAAGGUCUGGCCGAAUCAGGACAACAAACCAAGAAGCGAAUGUUAGGAUGAUCAAGUCCUGCCAGACACAAGAAUCAUUGCAACUUUCUCUCCCUAUAUUGCCUGGUGCAAAGGGCAGGCAAUCCAAUGAAAAGUGUCAUGAGGGUGAACCACAGCCAAAAGCCUUUGGCCAGCACCGAUCAGACCUGGCAACUUGUUCAAAUAUGAAAGGGAACAUGGCCAGGCCUACAUUAUCAAGCAAAAUGAUUUUACUGGCCCAACAUGACAACAGAGAAACAUUCCGUCCAGCAUCUUUGCUAUGUGCCAUAAAGAAGACAUCAGCACAAGGCUUAUUGUGCGAUAGUGAGACCAAGGUCAUGGCUAAGAGAAAAGCUCUGGAGCCUGGAUCACAGACUCUACUUACAAGACCUUCCAGUCACAACUGGGUGAAUUUCCUGUCAGGCUUAGAAAUUGAUGCAAAUGUUGUGAAAAACGGUACCUUACAAGCUAAAAUAUACAGCCAGUCAGACUCCAUUCAGACAGGACACUAACACUAAAUGAGUGGCUUCACAUCAGAUACCCUGAGGGAUUAGGACUCCAGUCCUGGGGAAACCCUUUGGAAAGAGUGCUCUGAAAAUGCAGCAGAAGUGCAAAGGAGUACAAAGGAGCUUAGCCUCACAUUGUCCUGAAAGACAGAUUCUAGAUUUCCGGGACCUCUGAGUAACAGCUAAAGAAGGCACAGCAUUUUAAUUUCUUUUCUAAUUUUUUCAUUUUUAAAUUUCAGCAAAUUUCAGACAUAAAAAACCCCAGUUGAAUCAUCUGACUUCUUCGGAAUUAAAGUGAUAUCUGACCAGAAUGGAAAAUUAAAAAGGGGAAGGAUUUAUGUUACUCAAUUCAGACCCUGCCAGCCACUUUAAAAAACAGUGCUGGUGAAUCCCCAAGGGAAUUCCAUGCAGUUCUGUACCGCUGAAUGGUGCUAGUCACAGAUUAGGAGCUUUGGGGAAAUAUAGGGAAUACAGGUCAGGGACUGGCUAUGCUAGAGAGUCUGGGGAAGUAAAGGGGGAUGUUGUCCCAAUGUGAUGCAAAAGCAUAAAGCAGAAGUUUAUUCUAAAAUCAAAAAGCUAAAAGUAAGUAAAGUGCCUUAAAAAAUUCCAUCUUGUCACAGGCCUUGCUAUGGGCUGCAUCCCAGAUGAGACUGGAACUUCUGUAUUUGUUGCUGUCCAUCUAAUCCAUUUUGCUUAUGCCAACUUAAUAUUUGUUCCUUCCCUGAGAUGGAGCGGGAUUAAUCCCAAGGACACUUGCUCAGGGUUUGAGAACAUCAGUAGAAUUGGUUAACCAGUGCUAAGUGCAGAGAUACUUUUCUCAGUACUCAGAUGAUACCGGUGUCCACUGUAUCCCAGAACCUCACUGUGCAUUUAGUGUUUGUUGUGACUAGAAUAAAGGUGUGUUGUUCAAACAUGUGACCCUAUGAGAAGAGCUCAACAUAUGGUACAAAGAAGCAAUGCAUGUUUCUGGUUUUAUUCCUUGAACUGACAUACUGUGUGCCCCACAAAAUAGAAAUUAUUAGACAUUCUUACAGUCAGUAAUCUGAACAGGAAGUUUGCUGGAAACCCCAGGACUGGAUUUCCAUGUAAUUCUUAAUUGCCUCAGUUAAUGAUAGGCACCAUAGGAAACCUUCAAGUAGUGGGAUAGAUCAUGAGCUGUGACCAACGGGGCUCAGCGCAGCUCCAGAGCAGAUUGUAAAGGUGACGUUUGAACCCUCCUGAUCAUUGGGCAACUCAGCACCAGGCCAGUCUACUGGCACAGAUUAGAUCAGCCUACUUUAAUCUGCACCAACAGUCAGCAACCUCCCGGGCCUAUUCUGGCCACCAUAGCUCUGAGGCAGGAUGGCCAACAAGCUGCAGCAGCCAUACACCACCAGAGAGGAUUCCUCUCUGUACAGCGAAUCCUCAAGCAGCCAAGGAGGAUUCCCACGCAGCUGAGUAAGCUGGCUUCAGGGCAGUUUUUCAGGGAGGUUCAAUGAGAGCAUGGCAUGCAGUUUGUGAUGAAUCCUGGAACAAGAGCAGCGAGUUAUAUGAGCCCGUGAUGCCCAGGCUCCAGCGAUAUUCAGGGCACAGGGGCCCGGCUCCACCAAUGUUUGGGGCUGGGUCUCUCUU